AUGGAAGCUCAUGAUCACCUGUCUGCUUUAGAUGACUCCAAGACCAGUUGGACUUUGAAGGUUCGUGUCACCAGAAUAUGGCAGACGCGUUAUGGGAAUGGUUUCGUCGACAGGCAUAAUCUCAUUCUUUUGGAUUGUUUGGACAAUCAAAUACUUGCUAUUGUCAAUCCUGAUUUAUGGCAAAGAUUCAGCGAUGUCUUAAUGGAAGGACGUAUCUACACUAUUGUCAACGUGUUAGUGAGGAAUGCCACUGUCGAUUUCAGACCAGUGCCAAAUUCAAAGAUGAUCUUGCUUACAAACUUCACAUCUAUCACUCCUCAUGUACACGACACCGGGAUGAUAGCUCGGCACAAAUUCAAUUACAAAACAUUGCAAGAGCUGGAUUACUUGGUUGGACGAGAUGGUCAGGAAAAUUACCAUGCUUUAUCCGUUGCACUAAAAGCAUGUUUUUCAGAUGUUAUUGGUCUUCUGGAGAACCCUCAGCCUUUGGAACGUGUACAAGGCAAGGAGAGAUUAAUAGAUGUCGUGAAGUUUAGAAUUUCUGAUGGAAGUAUUUUGCGCAAUGUCUAUAAAUGGGGUCCUAUGACUGAAGAACUGAAUCAAGUGAUUAACGGUGUAGUUGAAAGACCAGUGGUGGUUGUGUUGGCAGGCUUCAAAGUAUCCAGAGAUAUUGACGGCAAUGCUCGCCUCUCAAGCAUGGAGUCUUCUAGGAUUUAUGUAAAUCUUAAUCACCAGGAUGUUUUCUCCUUUCGAAACAGGCAUAAUUGA